AAGCGGCUUGAAACUUGAGGCUUGCUGCCCAGAGUGAAGGUGGGCCAGUCCGUGCGGAGCUCCGAGCGUUCCGUGCGGCCUGGGUUAGCCGCCGGGGUCCGAGGGAGUGUCCUGAAGGCGGAGACAGUGAGUCCCCCUCCGGCCUUCACUCCGGCAGGAACUGCUUCAAAGCCACGAUCCUAAUGGUUCAUGCAAACCGUGGGUUCUCUCCGGUAGCUCUUUGCCACUCACCCAGUGGCACGUGAUGGUCACUGUCCCCCGUAAACAGUAACCGAAAUGCUCCAGGAAGCUGCCCCGGUCUGCAGCUCUGCGUGGGCACCGGGCCCGGAGGAUGGCUGGCUCAGGCCCGAGCCCUCAGGGAGGCGGGGGGACAGGGCGCCCACCUGGAGGCUGUCUGUCCAGCCCCCGGGCCAGUGUCUGGUUUACGGGGGCUCCACCCGUGGUCCCUCUGCUUCCCGAUGCCCUGUUCCUCCACCACGUAAGCUUGAGGCGCUGCACUCACCUGGCUUGUUUUCCUGCCCUGUGUCGAGCUGCUCCUCAGGAUCCAAGUUUUGUAUCCGGGGAGUUCCCGGAGGCGGCAGCCCCCUGCCAGCCUCCCUGGCUCCACACACACAGCCUGGGCAGCCUCAGCCAGAACCUCUCCGGCCAUCCGUCUUCAUGACCGGACCCCAGCCCAGCCUGUUGGCUGCCUGUCGCAUCAAGGCAUGCCCCCGGGGCUUUCCACAGGUCCAGGGGAAGGACACACACACACACACUCUCUUUCUCCAGAAUUUGAAAACCGCAAGCUUGGUAUUUCGUCCAGGUGUUCUGCUGACCUGGAAGUGGUUUCGGGUGGUGCCUCCCUGCGUCACCUCUUCCCGUUCUUGUCUUCAGGGCUCCUGAAGCUGAGCUCCCUGCCAAGCCAGGAGGGUGCGCCGCAGCUCCUUUGACAACUUACUACUUUUCCUGCAGAUGAUAUUCUCUUUCGUAUUUGCUUUCUGUCUUCAGGGAUCUAACCUCACACCUUCCAUACACUCAGGGUACCUUUGGGAGCUGGGCACAGUCCCCAUCGCCUCUCCCUGUGUGUGGCUGGCCCUGGGGCCCUGCGUUCAGGCGCCUCUUUCUAGCAGAGACCCAACCAUCCUCCAGUUUGCGGUCCUGGUGGCCUCCGGGGGGCCAGGGUCUCUGCGUGUGUCCUCACCAGUGUCAGCAGCCCUGGCCUGGGAGCGCCUGCCACAGGCAGACGUGGGACCCGGAGGGUGAGCUCCUUCCUGCAGCGGCUGUCGCGAUCCCGCGGUGCGGUCACACCUGGGCAUCAGGCUCCGCAGCCACCCCAAACUGGUACUGUGAGUUCUGGGUGCCAGACCUGUUUCCCUGACCAGCCUGUGAAUGGGAUGGUGCGAGUGACCUGGUUCUCGAAGCGCCCAAAUCAACCUGAUGUUGUCCACAUCAUAACACUCGGAGCACUGCAAGGGCAGAUCCUCCACGGAGACACACGUAGGGGAGAUGAAACUGGAGAAUGCAGAAGACACUUCAUUCCCGCGAGCCCAGUGCGUGUGAUCUCCAGCUGUCUGCGUCAGCCUCACCAAAGAGGCGGGUGAGGCAGGGUGCUCAUCUGGAAACCAGGUCCCCGGGCCAGGACUCGGGCCGGGGCACAUGCUCAUUGCUAACCCUUUCUGCAGGGGACGGAAUGGGCCUGCCUUGUGUAGCGUGGGCCUUUAGAAUGCAGGUGACCUGGGGGCACUUCUUCAAACACAUCACUCUGUGGAUUGGAAUUCAUGGUUUCUAAGUUACCGAAUGGGGGCUCUAACAAAAGCAUUGCCUUAGACUUACGUCAGUGGUUUUCCUGGUAAAGUCUCUCCUGCAACCUCGGGGCUGACGGUGAACCCCUGUCUCAAAGGGGACUGCAUACCCAGGCCACCAUCACUCUGCUGUGCUCGGCUCCUGGGCAGCUUGCAGUGACAGCAAGCACAUUGGAAUUUGUGUCCUGAGAAGUUAUUCGUCUUUGUGGUCAACCUUUUGGAAGAAAUGGAUUUGGAUCAAUUGGACCUGAAUCCCAGAAUUAUUGCUGCAGUUAAGAAAGCCAAACUGAAAUCAGUGAAGGAGGUUUUGCAUUUUUCUGGACCAGACUUGCAGAGACUGACCCGCCUCCCCAGCCUCGACGUGCAGCACUUGCUGAGAACGGCCUCCUCACACCUGCAGGGGAGCCGCGUCUGCACAGCGCUGCAUCUGCACCAGCAGAAGCAGAGGUUCCCCGCGCAGCACCAGCGCCUGAGCCUGGGCUGCCCCGUGCUCGACGGGCUUCUCCGCGGCGGCCUGCCCCUGGACGGCCUCACCGAGCUGGCCGGCCCCAGCUCCGCCGGCAAGACCCAGCUGGCGCUGCAGCUCUGCCUGACCGUGCAGUUCCCGCGGCGGCACGGAGGCCUGGAGGCCGGGGCCGUGUACAUCUGCACGGAAGACGUCUUCCCCAGCGCGCGUCUGCAGCAGCUCAUGGCUCAGCAGCGGCGCCUGCGGACGGACGUGCCGGGAGACGUGGUCGACAGGAUAAAAUUUGGCAACCAGAUCUUUGUUGAGCACGUGGCCGACGUGGACACCCUCCUGGAGUGUGUGAGGAAGAAGGUGCCCGCGCUGCUGUCUCGGGGGAUGGCCCGCUUGGUGGUCAUCGACUCCGUGGCCGCCCCGUUCCGCUGCGAGUUUGAUGGCGCGGCCUCGGUCCCCAGGGCCAGGUGUCUGCAGGCACUGGGGGCCGCCCUGCGCCAGCUGAGCUGCACCUUCCAGAGCCCGGUGCUGUGCAUCAACCAGCGUCUGGGACGAGCGGGUUUCUCCAGCUCUCGGAAUGACCUGGUCCAACCAGCUCCUAAUGAGACUGAUGGUCAGCCGGCGCCGCCCCGACCGCACCCUAAGGGUGGUCUUCGCCCCUCACCUGCCCCCCUCGUCCUGUUCCUACACAGUCAACGCGGAGGGAGUGCGAGGGACUCCUGGGACCGCGUCCUGCUGACACGGCAGCUGUGGGUCGGCCGCGGGUUCUGGCCGCACCUUCCCCGCUCUGCAGGCACGGGGGGCUGACGACCCCGCACACCCACUGCUGGGUCAGGAUGUGCUUGACGGUGUUGGCCGCACCUUCUCCACGGCAGGGAGGCUGUGCGCACGGAUGAGCUGCCCGACGAGGCCUCCCCGUGUGCCCCAUGCCCCCCGUGCUCACCAUGCUGCCUGGCACGGUGGGCCUGGGACCCCCUCAGCACAGCUCACUCUCCGCCAGACUCUGCCCUAAGUAACUCCUCCACGUUGAUGCAGGUCUUCUCCCCAGCCCCUGGGGAUGGGGAGUUACCAUCCUUGGUCUCAGGGACACUGGGGCACAGAGCAGUCCAGUGACUUGGCCAUCGCCCCCCGCAGUUCCAUGAGCCGGACACUGACCCCGGGCUGGUGCCAGGAAGACAGGCACACGCCUGACCCAGUAGGGGUGGAGGCAGAGGUCCCUGGGACUGGGCAGACUCCUUCUGUUUGGACAUUUUCUAGAGCAGAAACAUUCAUUUGUAAUUUCUAUCCCCUUGUUAAAAUAGUCUGUGGCCCUCAAAAGGGUAAGAAUGGCCGGUAUAAACAGGAAAAAGGUCUUUUAGGGCUGCAAUUUUAUAAAAGCCUUUCUGCAAGUGCAGGGACUUCACACCAGGAAAUAAACCAUUUUAUUUUCGUAAUUAAAUAAUAAACAAUCCCAAAUUAUUUUCUAGGCAAAUCACACUAACAGUGAGGAAACUACAAUCCAAGACAGUGUACACGUGGCAGACGGGCCACCCCUGGGGGGAUGCACACCAGUGCUGGGCCCCUGCCCACCCGUCCCAGAGGGACACCCCUGCAGCAGGGCGGUCUCCCCGUGACACAGACGGCCCAGACUCCCGGGCCCUGCACCAUCCCCUCUGUCCCAUGCACUCCUCAGUGCUGUCAGGCAGGCCUCACAGACCUGGGGUCCCCCCGCCCCGAGGGUUCCCCCGAGGACGAUGGGGACAAAUGUGGAACAGUGCGCGUCUUUAGGCCUGCCCCCGUCACACGUAGGAUGCGGUGCACCCUGACGGGACGCCCUCCGCUGAUGGGAACCUCACCCUCGGUCGCUGCUUUACCACUUCAGAAUUUUCAGAAGUUUGAGGACCGUACAGCAUACUGCUCAGGAAGAAGUGCACGUAUAAACAUCUCCUCUCCGUGCUUCCCAAGAACAUUCUACAAAGUUACGACGACGGGCAGUCUGUUCUAUGAACUGUAAACGAUGUAUUCUUAGCAAUAUUUAUGUUACCAUAAACACUGAAUUUCUCAUUA